AUGUCAACUGGAAGAGUACGAACAAAAAAAAAGGCAUGUUCUUCAGACCAGUCUCCAGACAACCUUCCUCUGAGGAGUUCUGGAAGACAGGUGAAGAAGAAAGCAGCUGAAGCAGCAGAUGAUGAUGAUGAAGCGUCAGAGAAGAAAUAUAGAAAGUGUGAAAAAGCUGGAUGCACUGCAGCAUGUCCUGUUUGCUUUGCCAGUGCAGCUGAAAGAUGUGCUAAAAAUGGGUAUACGUCUAGAUGGUAUCAUCUUUCCUGUGGGGAACACUUCUGCAAUGAAUGUUUUGACCACUAUUACCGAAGCCAUAAAGAUGGAUAUGAGAAAUAUACUGCCUGGAAAAGGAUUUGGACAAGUAAUGGUAAAAGUGAGCCCAGUCCAAAAGCAUUCAUGGCUGAUCAACAGCUUCCUUACUGGGUGCAGUGCACAAAGCCAGACUGUGGUAAAUGGCGUCAGCUGACAAAGGAAAUCCAGCUGACACCACAGAUAGCAAAAACCUACAGAUGUGGUAUGAAACUGAACAAUUCCACCAAGACUGAGGGCUCAGACCAGUGCUCCAUGCCUGAGGACUUGAGAGUGGCUGAAGUUUCAGACCAUUGGUGGUACUCCAUGCUCAUACUCCCUCCUUUGCUGAAAGACAGUGUGGCAGCUCCCUUUCUAGCUGCAUAUUAUCCAGACUGCGUGGGCAUGAGUCCAUCCUGUACCAGCACUAAUCGGUUACCUGGUGAAUCCAACCUUGUGAAGUUAGAGCACUUAAAGAGCGUGCCUAAUUUGACUGUUGCAGGCAUGAACAAGUAUUUCCAGCCUUUUUAUCAGCCCAAUGAAUGUGGGAAAGCACUUUGUGUGAGGCCGGAUGUCAUGGAACUGGAUGAGCUCUAUGAGUUCCCAGAAUAUUCACGAGACCCUACCAUGUACUUGGCUUUGAGAAACCUGAUUUUGGCUCUUUGGUACACAAACUGCAAGGAGGCUCUUACCCCUCAAAAAUGUAUCCAUCACAUCAUUGUUCGGGGGCUCGUCCGUAUUCGCUGUGUACAGGAAAUGGAGAGGAUACUUUAUUUUAUGACAAGGAAAGGGCUAAUUAAUACAGGGAUUUUAUCAGUCGGUCCUGACCAGUAUCUUCUUCCUAAAGAAUACCACAAUAAAUCUGUCAUUAUUGUUGGAGCUGGUGCAGCAGGAUUAGCAGCAGCCCGACAGCUGCACAACUUUGGAAUUAAGGUCAUUGUUUUAGAAGCUAAAGACAGAAUUGGUGGCCGAGUGUGGGACGAUACGACAUUCAAAGGAGUCGCUGUUGGAAGAGGUGCACAAAUCGUCAAUGGAUGUGUCAACAACCCAAUGGCACUAAUGUGUGAGCAACUUGGCAUUAAAAUGCACAAACUAGGGGAGAAAUGUGACUUGAUCCAGGAAGGUGGAAGGAUAACAGAUCCCACUAUUGAUAAACGUAUGGACUUUCAUUUCAAUGCCAUCCUAGAUGUCGUCUCUGAGUGGAGAAAAGAUAAAACCCAACAUCAGGAUGUUCCUCUUGGUGAAAAAAUACAAGAGAUCUAUAAAGCCUUUAUUCAGGAGUCUGGUAUCCAGUUCAGUGAGCUGGAAGAAAAAGUGCUACAGUUCCAUCUCAGUAAUUUGGAGUAUGCCUGUGGCAGCAAUCUCUCUCAGGUAUCUGCACGCUCAUGGGACCACAAUGAAUUUUUUGCCCAGUUUGCUGGAGAUCACACUCUACUAACUGUGGGAUAUUCUACUGUGAUUGACAAAUUGGCAGAAGGGUUGGACAUCCGGCUGAAUUUCCCAGUACAGAGUGUUGACUAUUCUGGGGAAGAAGUACAGGUCACUACCGCAGAUGGAACAGUGUGGACGACACAAAAGGUAUUAGUGACUGUACCACUGUCCCUUCUUCAGAGAAAUGCCAUUCAGUUUAACCCUCCACUGUCAGAAAAAAAAAUUAAAGCCAUUAGUAAUUUGGGAGCAGGAGUCAUUGAGAAGAUUGCCUUGCAGUUUCCUUAUAGAUUUUGGGACAGUAAAAUUCAAGGAGCUGAUUUUUUUGGUCAUGUUCCACCCAAUUCCAGCCAGCGUGGGCUCUUUAGUGUUUUCUACGACAUGGAUCCAGAGGGCAAGCAAAGCAUUUUAAUGUCAGUGGUUACUGGAGAUGCUGUGACAACCAUCAAGAAUUUAGAUGAUCAACAAGUACUGCAACAGUGUAUGACUGUACUUCGAGAGCUGUUUAAGGAGCAGGAAGUUCCUGACCCAGUGAAAUUUUUUGUUACUCGAUGGAGCAAAGACCCUUGGCUCCAGAUGGCAUAUAGUUUUGUAAAAACGGGUGGCAGCGGUGAAGCUUAUGACAUUAUAGCUGAGGACAUACAAGGAAAAGUUUUUUUUGCUGGCGAGGCCACAAACAGGCACUUUCCUCAGACCGUAACAGGAGCUUACUUGAGUGGGGUUCGAGAAGCGAGCAAAAUAGCAGCAUUUUAA